GCUCGCCUUCCGCCAAUUGCCGCCGGCAUUGCUGGUCGGUGCAACCUGGUGGGCAACAUGGCGGAGUGUUUGGCUUGAGGCGCCCAGUCGUUGGGAGCGGCGCUGAGUUUGGAAUUUGGUCGGAAAUAUUUUCAGGGCUUACAGAUGAAGGUGGUGAACCUCAGGCAGGCCAUUCUUCAGGCCUGGAAGGAGCGAUGGACAGACUAUCAAUGGGCCAUAAACAUGAAAAAACUUUUCCCAAAGGGUCCCACGUGGGACCUCCUUGGACUCUCAGAUCACCUCCUGGAACAGGCUUUGGUGGGCCCAUCCCCCAAUCCUCUGAUUAUGUCCUAUUUGAAGUAUGCCAUUAGUUCACAGAUGGUGUCUUAUGCAAGCGUGAUGUCUGCUAUUGCAAAGUUCGAAGAUUACUCCAGAGAACUGUGUGUUAAAGCUCUGCUGGAACUAAUGGACAUGUUCUGUGAUCGACUCAGCUGCCAUGGGAAAGCAGAAGAAUGCAUAAGUCUUUGCCGAUCCUUGCUGAGCACACUAGCGUGGUUGCUGAGGUGUGCUGCUUAUUGUACUGAAAAGCUGAAGGAGGGGUCAGACACAGCCUCUGGAGAAGAACAGCUCCAACUCUGUAUUAAUCAGAUUGAGAAGACCGUAAACAGGAGGAAAAAUAGGGCUCUUCUUCAUAUUGCACGGUUGGAAGAGCAAGUUACAUGGACUAAUAUGGAACAGGCACUGAUAAAGCUUACAGAAAACCACAACAAGAUAAGCAAUCAGCAGCUUAGACUGAGGCUAGAAGAAUGCAUUGGAUUGGUUAAAAGUAUUCCAGUCAUAACAGCUCAGUCCGAGCAAAAUACUAAGAUGGAAUUCCCCACUGUUCAUGCUCUAAUCAUGUUGGAAGGGACUCUGAACCUAACAUCUGACACCCAGUCGCUCGUGGAACAGCUGAUCAUGGUGAAAAGGAUGCAGCGAAUCCCCUCACCUCUCUUUUUACUGGAGAUCUGGAAGGCCUGUUUUGUGGGUCUUAUUGAAUCCCCGGAAGGAACAGAAGAGUUAAAGUGGACGGCAUUCACAUUCCUCAAGAUUCCACAAGCAUUAUUGAAGCUUAAGAAAUAUCCUCUUGGAGAUAAAGAUUUUACUGAAGAUGUGAACACUGCAUUUGAGUUUUUGCUCAAACUUACUCCACUUCUGGACAAAGCAGAUCAGCGAUGCAACUGUGACUGUGUCAGUCUCCUGCUUCAGGAAUGUGGAAAACUGGGGCUUCUUUCAGAGGGUAACAUGAAAAACCUGGUCAACAAAAGAACAGCAGAUAGGGAGUUGGCUCCACGACUAAAGUCUGCUGAAAAUGCCAGUAUUCAGCCCAAUCCAGGCCUUAUUCUACGUGCAGAACCCACGGUCACUAAUAUUUUAAAGACCAUGGAUGCAGACCAUUCCAAAUCUCCUGAGGGACUUCUGGGAGUGCUGGGCCAUAUGCUUUCUGGGAAGAGCUUGGAUUUGCUACUGGCAGCUGCAGCUGCUACUGGGAAACUGAAAUCCUUUGCUAGGAAAUUUGUCAAGUUAAAUGAAUUUGCCAAGCACAUCAGUGGGGAGGGCUCAAAAGCAGCAUCCGUUCGAGCGCUACUGUUUGACAUUUCCUUCCUCAUGCUGUGCCACGUUGCUCAGACCUAUGGAUCUGAUGUAAUACUGUCAGAGCCCAGCACGUCAGGGGAGGUGGUAUUCUUUGAGACGUGGAUGCUGACCUGCAUGCCUGAGGAAGGGAAGAUCUUAAACCCAGAGCAGGGAUUCCGUGCCGACCCCACAAAAGUAGAGUCGCUGGUGGCUCAUCUGAAUUCCUCCACUGAAAUGAAGCUCGUCCAGGUGAAAUGGCAUGAGGUAUGUUCCUGUACACCAGCGGCUAUCCUGGAAGUUCUCAAUGCCUGGGAGCAUGGACUGUUGACGUUUGAAGCAGUGCAGAAAAUCACCGAUAAUAUCAAAGGGAAGAUUUGCAGCAUGGCAAUCUGUGCGGUGGCUUGGUUAGUGGCGCACGUUAGGAUGUUGGGCCUGGAAGAACGUGAGAAACCUCUACAGAUGAUCUGUCAGCUUGUAACACCAUUGUACGCCGAGAACACCCUUCAGUUCUACAAUGAAAGAGUGGUUAUCAUGAGCCUGAUCUUGGAGCAGAUGUGUGCUGAUGUCCUGCAGCAGACUGCAACCUCCAUCAAGUUUCCUUCAGCAAACCUGGAUCCCAUCCCAUACCGGAACCUUCUGCCAGUAAAGAAGCCAAUUAAAGAGGUGCUCAUUACUAACUUCAACGACAUACUAAACAAAGGCUGGGUGGACAGCCGCUCCAUCCACGUGUUUGAGGCUUUGCUACAUAUGGGAGGAGUAUACUGGUUCUGUAAUAACCUGGUCAAGGAGCUAUUGAAGGAGACAAGGAAGGAGCACUGUUACAAAGCUGUUGAGUUGCUCCACAGUGUGUUUUGCUUGGACAUGCAACAGAUCACGUUAGGCCUGUUGGGCCAUAUACUGCCUGGACUCCUGACCAACUCCUUGAAGUGGCAGAUGCUCAUGGACCCACCUGGACGAGCACUUGCCAAGCUUUCAGUCUGGUGUGCUCUGAGCGCUCAUUCUUCACAUAACAAGAGUCAGGCCACAGCCAAACAGAGGAAAAGACACCGAGAGGAUAUUGAGGAUUAUAUCAAUCUGUUCCCACUGGAUGAUAGCCAGCCAUCAAAACUAUUACGACUGUUGAGCUCAAAUGAAGAGGAUCCAAAUAUCCUGUCCAGUCCUGGUGAUCGUACAAUGAGCAGCUCACUGUCUGCCUCUCAGCUCCACAACAUAAACAUGAGAGAUCCCUUGAACAGAGUAUUGGCAAACUUGUUCCUGUUGAUCUCUUCGAUCCUGAGUUCAAAGGUGGCUGGUCCACACACCCAGUUUGUUCAGUGGUUCAUGGAAGAAUGUGUGGAGUGUUUGGACCAGGGGAGUCGUGGUAGUGUUCUCCAGUUCAUGCCUUUUACCAUGGUUUCUGAACUGGUGAAACUGCCUGCCAUGUCCAAACCAAAAACAGUGUUAGCGAUAACUGAUCUGGGCCUCCCGCUGGGGCGCAGGGUGGCAGCAAAGGCCAUUGCUGCUCUUUGAAGAAGACCAGGCACAUCUCUUCAGGCCUAACUAGGAACAAAGAAAUAAAUAUUCACUGAUAAACGUGAGCUCUCCACGUGCACCUGAUGCUGUUGAGAUAUGUCUAUGUACUUUAUGGUUAAUGACUGUCGACAUCACCUCACACAUUCACAUCAUUCACAUAUUCACAUACUGUUAAUGAACUAAUUUGCAUGUCAAAGCAGUAGGCUGGAAGCAGGACAGACUGCGUCAGAAAUCCAGUGUUAUAUUUCACAUUGAAUUGUGUGUUGCUGCAGUUAUUCAUUAUACAUUUUGGGGAUAAUCCUGUAGAUCCCGCAGGAAGCACACUGACCGAGAAGGCAGAUUGUGGAAUCGGGACUACAGUACAGCAGCCAACCUGCAGCGUCUCCAAACUCAGCUUCCCUGCUGGGAGCAUAUGUCUGUAUCUUUUGUUUGCAUUAAUUCAUUGAGUCUCUUGGAGUCUUAUAUAUUUGAGAUAUGUUGUGCUGAGUUGUUGAGACAAAAUCAUUUAAAAUGUUCAGAAUACAGUUGGUUACUGUAAUGGGAAAGCUAGCGAUGAGCUUUGGUGAGUCAAAUAGCCCUUUCUUGUUAUCCACUUUUCUUACAUUCUGUGUUUAGCACAGGAUCAUAAGCCAGGGUCACUUCUUGAACAUCACCAGUGGAGAUCUUUGGUAUUCAAAUGUUGUACCUUUCUUGUAUAUAUGCUUUAUCUUUGUUUUUUGUCAAAUUGCCUUCAUGUCAUAUUUACAGCAUGUUCUGUGCGCGCUGCAGUCACAUGCUUCAUUUUAUGUGUGUUUAAAAUGUUCAUCAAAUCAUUAAAACCUUACUGAGAGAUUGGUAUUUUCCUAAGACAACUGAGAAAACCUGUUAGUUUACUGGGAUUGUUGUAGUUAGGAGAUUGUUGGUUCUCAAGUUCAGUCAAGUCAAUGAAGCAAAUUGAUUUUUGAUCUAGGCAUAUUGUAACUUUACCGUUAAUGCAGUUUGCCGCUCCACUCGUUCUCUGAGAAAGUUGACACCCUCUCAGAUCUGAUCAUAUUCUUUUCUGGUGAACAUGGGGUGUUAAGCCAUUGCUUCAUGUCUAAGAUUUCCUAGUCAGUUCCAGGAGUUCGCAGGAUAUCUUGUAGGCCUUCCAGUGAGCAGCUUAAUUGGGAUCAUUAGAGGCAUGAAAAGUAGUCAUGGGUGUGCAGUAAGAUAUAAAAGAGAGGAUAAAUGUAACUCAAAAAGAAAAAGAAAUUCAACUGUUUUCCACCUACUCAGCCAGCAUGACAAUGUGAUUUUAUAUAUAUUUUAAAACAUUGUAUAUGAAGCCAGUUACACUACUCGGUUGGACGAUGGGAGUUACAUGGGCACAACAUUUCAAUAAGUCUUUGUCUUCUGUGCAGCAGCAUUGAAAUUGAAGAAUUUCCCUUUAGAAUCUACAAUUCAUUUGACUUCUGAACCCAAUUCUGUUUAUGAAGUUUUCUUUCAAGCAGUGGUGAAGAGAAGAUGAUUGGAUGGGAUUAUAGAUCCAUGCCAAGCACAAAUUAACGGGAUGAAAGUUUCCUUUGUGUCCGGUGUUGGAAUGCUUGUUGAGCCUAUGCAGUCGUGAACCAGCUCCAUGUGAACAAGCAUUAAACUCAACUCCUAAAAUUGAUACUAGUCCAAAUUGGAAAACUGCAUGUGAUAUUGACAGAUUGCAUGUAAAUUGUUAAUUUUUGAAAAGAAAGUUACUUUGCUACUUGCAGCAUUUGGUGAAACAGUACAAAUGCAUAUCUCCUUUCAAAGUAAGUUGCACUUCUGUCUGAGAUGUAUGUAUACCUUCAGACAAACAACCAGAGAUCUGAAAAUUGCUAAAACUUGUCAUGGAAAGGCUCUUCAUGGUAGUUGCCAGCAGUUUGAUCAAGCGCAUUCAGAUAAUCCAGUGGAGUCCUGGAGAUUAAGCAAAUAAUGUCUAUGCUGUUUUUCGACAGAUGUUCAUCAACCUCAGCUUGUAGUGACCCAGCGCUGUUUGCUAAACUUCUGUUGACUUCUAGUUAGUUACCGAGCAAUCUUGUUUAUUGUAUCAUUUCUGCAGAAUCCACAUUAACUAGCUACAAUACAGAAUAUAAAAAUCAGGAAAGGCCACCUAGAAGAAGGAAUUUGCUGGCCAUUUCAAACUACGUGAAUGCCAACAUUACUCAAAAGCUGUGUCUUUUAAGCAGAUGUCAUCAAAAGGCUAAAGCAUUGCAUUCAAUGCCAGUAUAACUGAAGGAACAUGUCAUAAAGAGAGAUGUUUUAGCUGUCCCAUUGAAAAUGAUUCAGCUCUAAUAGAUUACCAAAGGUUUUCACCGAGUUUGUGCCAACCACGUUUUGCUGUUAUCUCUUGAACAAGGUUAUCUGGUUUAAUUUUACUUUUGUCAUGUUCAAGUUGAGCUAUUUUAUAUUGGCUUUUAACACUGCAGCUGCAUUAAUUUAAUUUGACAGAUUUUAAAAUACCCUGCUUUCAGCACAUGAAUUUUUGAAUUGAAAUUAAUAUUUCAAAAAUCUGCGAUGACACCCUAUCCUCCAAGCCCCUCUCAUUACCUAGUCGCUGCUGACUUAGCUGCUCGCAGUUAGUGUGGUCUUGGUGAUGGCACGACAAUUGUUCUCUCAUGCCUUUUACGAUGUAGUUCAUUUCAGUACUCCUGGAUAGAGGGGGAAAUAAAAUGUGAUGGUCCCCACUCUAGCCAGUGCAUGUAUGCAUAGCAAUUGAGUACUGAACACAGUUGUGUUCUUCAAGCAUGAAUAACACUGCCCUCAAUGUCCACGAUGGAGAAGACACCUGGGCUAGUUAACAGAAAGCUAUUUGUUGAUGUGCAGUUAUCACUUUCUGGACAGGAGGGACAAAGGGAGCAGCUUGGAGACUGGCAGUGAAGGCUGGAAAUAUAAAACGCCAAUCACUCCUUGUUUUCUAUGCAAUACCCCUGUGUUUUUCGACAAAAAAAAACAGUAAAAACUACAGAUCGGUUUUUUUCUGGCAAAUUUUGUAGCACGUCAGUUGCAAGAUUGAGUUGUGCAUUAAUAACAUGGCCAUAGUAAUAGCUACAUACUAUGUGUUGGAAAAUCUAAAGGUUUAGUAAAUAUUUUUAAAUGCCAUUUUGUAACUAAAUGGGCAAGUACUUUGUCCUAUUUAGCUGUUAGGUUGCUUAACAAAAUAAAAAUAUUUCUUACAUUUA